AUGACAUUGGAAGAGUAUGAGAAGCUUCUGGAGGAGAAAAGGAAGGCCUUAGUGGCCCUUAAAACUGAGGAGAGGAAGGUUGACACAAAAGAGUUUGAAUCCAUGCAACCACUUGCAAACAAGAAAGCUAACGAUGAUAUAUUCGUCAAACUGGGCUCUGAGAAGGAUAAGAAAAAGGAGUUAGCUGAGAAAGAAGAGAGAGCCAAAAAGUCUGUUAGCAUCAACGAGUUCUUGAAGCCUGCAGAGGGUGAAAGGUACUAUAGUCCCGGUGGUCGUGGCCGAGGCCGUGGGCGUGGCUCAAGAGGUGGCUACAGUGGAGGCAACAGUUCUAGAGCAGCACCUGCUAUUGAAGAUCCUGGCCAGUUUCCUUCUUUAGGCGGCAAAUGA